AACGCCGGCAUCCGGCGCCCCGAGAAGCCGCCCUACUCGUACAUCGCGCUCAUCGUCAUGGCCAUCCAGAGCUCGCCCAGCAAGCGCCUGACGCUCAGCGAGAUCUACCAGUUCCUGCAGGCGCGCUUCCCCUUCUUCCGCGGCGCCUACCAGGGCUGGAAGAACUCCGUGCGCCACAACCUCUCGCUCAACGAGUGCUUCAUCAAGCUGCCCAAGGGCCUCGGGCGACCGGGCAAGGGCCACUACUGGACCAUCGACCCGGCCAGCGAGUUCAUGUUCGAGGAGGGCUCGUUCCGCC